AUGACGUUCAAGGAGGGCGGGCAGAUGUUUGGAACGAUAUGUGCUAUCAGUACAGUAGAUGGGUUGAAGCCCGAUCACCCAAGUAUGGGCAAUACCGUUGCAGAUCCCAAUGCUCAGCCUCGCGGGAUGGAAAACACAAUCUUGGUUCUGCGCUAAACCUUUAACGAGUGGCGUGUGAGUCUGUGAGUCGCUUUGAAACGAAUUUCGCAGCCUCAUCCUCAUUCACAGCCUUCCCGAUUGUCCCGCUUUCACUUCGACAAUUAUUAAUUGCAGGAGUAUUGAAGACUAACCUUCGUUAUGCAAUCUCUCAUUUGGGCCUCUACUAUACCAUUGUAUAUUACACAUUCUUCUUCUACAAUACCUUACUUGAUAAAUGUACCUCGAGUCUCUUACUUGGCGCUUCUUUUUCCACGAUUAACAUCCUUCUUUGGGGAAAAUGUUAGCAGUUUCUCUUAUGAAGGGAUUCUACUGAAGAAUCUCCCAGUUGGUUUACUUUGCGAUUUGUAUCAACCGGAAUUACCAUGGAGGAUAGAGUUAGGGGAUGGUCCUUUAUUUGAUAUCCAUGAUACCUUUAUCAAUAGCGUUAAAGAAGUGCAUACUACACCCAAGGUCAUAACAGUCUCAAUCUCGUUAUACUAACGUUAGACUCUUAGGCCGAUUUCAUGCGCAAUGGAAAUGCAAAGGGAAUAAUGAGCAUGUCAAAAGAACAUUCGACACAAUUGUGGAACUCGGUGCAAGAUAGUAUGGUUCCUUGCCCAUCAAUUUUCAUGCAUAAUGACCAUGAGCUGAUCUUUGACACCUCUAGAUGAUUUCUCCACCUACCACAAGAUCUCCACUAUCCUCCUUAAUCCUGCUACUCCCCUGAAGCACAUCCCGUUACGUAUAUAUCUUCCCUCGUCCUCCACCCCGUCUUCAACCCCUCACCCAGGUUCUUCGAGUUCAUCAAAAGCUCCGGAUACCUCUUCUCCACCUUCACCACUCUUCGCCUUCAAAACAAUACAAACUCUCAUACAACCGCAAACCGCGUCUCGAGAACCUCAAACAUUAGGAGGGGCUCUUAAUAGCGUCCUUCCGACAUUGUUCCCCAGUAAAAGAGAUGCUAUUUUAGCAGAGGUAAUCUUACACGGGGCAACAGUUCCUUUCAAAGCGGUAUUGGAGGAUUUAAUGAGGGAAGCAAGUUAUGCUGACGGAUGGUUAAAUGUGUGUGUCGUUAUGCUUAAUUGAUAAUGGAGGUAAAUGAUGGUGAUGAUUAUGAUGACUUUAUAAGUGGGACGGAAUGGCGUUUCUGAGAGUUUGGCAUUUCAGCCGAGCGUGACCAAGUUUAGCAAUCCCAAACACGUCUUGGACAAUUGACGACGACGAUGUAAUCUUUCUGAUUCAGACAAGGGUUCUUGAUUCAAACGGCCACAUGUUUGAAAGUAUUUGAUAAUAUAUGCAGUAGUAAUGAGAUCUCUACACUUUCAAUCAUUCAAAGCAUGAAGUUCAUGUGCUUAUAUCCA